AUGGACUCUCCCGCUCACAUGGGAGCUGCUGCAUCAAGCAAGCCUCAUCUGCACGCCACCCACCCGACCCAAGACUCACAGAUCAGCACAGCUCCACGCCACACAGCAUUGGACGACCUCUGCACUGCUGAACAUGAGACCAUCAUGCCGAACACCGCUGGAGUGGGAACCGAGCCCAGAAGCUCCAUUGGAGGUGCCUGCUGCGACAGACCAGGGGACAUUCCAGCACUGAGCAUAGGCUGAGACGCCCAUUACGCCCCACAGCCGGCAAGCCGUAUUUCACAUCAUGAGCACACACCUUCCGGCUGUCGAACUGUCUAAUCUGCAUGAACUGACACCUUGUUUAAUGAUGAUGCGGGCAAGGAUGGGUUCAUAGAUCUUAUGGAGCUUAAACGAAUGAUGGAGAAACUUUGAGCUCCUCAAACCCAUCUUGGCCUCAAGGAAAUGAUUAAAGAAGUCUGGGAAACUUAGUUUUAGGGAGUUUCUUUUAAUCUUCCGCAAAGCAGCUGCCGGAGAGCUGGAGGAAGAUAGUGGCUUGCAUGCCCUAGCAAGGCAUUCUGAGAUCGAUGUAUCCACAGAAGGAGUCAAAGGAGUCAAAAAUUUCUUUGAGGCGAAGGUACAAGCAAUCAAUCAUGGCAGCUGGUUUGAACAGGAGAUCAAAGCAGAACAAGAAGAGAAGAAGAGGCAAGCGGAGGAGAAAGAACAGAGGAAAGCUGCAUUCAAAGAGCUCCAAUCUGCCUUCAAGCCAUAG